AUGACGUCCCCGGAGCAGCGUUUGGACACUCUACGACAGGAUAUCUGCCGCGUGAUUCUAGACCAGCUCGCGCGAAUCCUGCGGGAUUAUUCGUCCGGGAACCUAGUGAAACCGGUGCUUCGAUUUGAAGUUUUUUUCCAACAUGGCGAGCAGGGAAUGCAGCGGCAAACAUCCUGCACUCCCAUGAUUUCGAAAAUCUUAGACUUAUCUGGCAUAAUUUCACAGAGCGACAACAACAGACCGAAUGCGAGCAAUGCGAGGAAGGAAAACACCAUCGACCAGCUAACACUAUCCACCUUUGGCCCGCGAUCGGUAAUAGACGGCGCUAGCUGGCCUUUUGUCCGAGCGCAAAGGACGCCAUCCCAAGGGCUGCCGCAAUUAUCACCCGAGACUGGAGCCAAUGCUUCAUUUCAGAGAUGGGGGGUCUCAGCGCUGCGACCAGUCAGGAAAACUGCGGCGGUGGAAGAAGAGCUCCCGGAAAGUCAGCGGCACAUGCAGUUUACCAAUGGUUUCCCUGAACCCGUAAACAUUCAGACAAACGUCGUCUUCAUCCCGCAGCAGUCCUCCAUUGACAAAUUCGUCGUCAACGUUUGGGAGCAGAUUCACGGCCGCAUCAGCUUGGAUCCCCAAAAUCUGCUUGAACAGUGGCAGCUCCUGGCAACGGCGGCAACGGCGGCAACGGUAAGCAUCAAUGAUGCUGCCAAGAUUCACUUUCCUGAGCAGCUGAAAUUCGACCAGCUCCAGGUGUCUUCAGCAGAAGGCACGCUGGCUGAGAUUGAGAUCGAAGGGGUUUUCAAUCGCGGCAACAAUUUUUGCCGGAAAAUCACGCAAGUCAGCCGCGCGUGCCGCUUGAUCGAGGUCAUUGUCCAAGCGCGGUGGAUUGAGCACUUUGACUCGUACGUCGAGCUACUUGCCAUCACUAAACCCAGCAUGUCCCACGCCAAACGCCGCAAAGCGACGCUCAUCAAGACAUGUAACGACUUUGGGUGGUCCGAGAAGGAGCUGCGAAACAGGAUGGCCAUCUGGCGCGGCUACAAGGAUAUCAAGGACGCGGGAGGCUGGGCAGCGCUCGUCUUUUCCGGCAUGGGACUCUACCGCUUCUGCAAAUACAGAGUUGGAUUUGACCCGGAUAGUAUGCAGCGACUCCGGUGCCUCCGGCCGCAGAUCGAGGUCGCCGCCGAUACGCUGCAACCCACAUGGCGUCACCUACUCAUGAUUGUCGGCGAACGUACACAGCGUCGGUUUUUCGGCCACCCACACGACUGGGUGGUCCACAGAGACGGUUCGGAUCCGGUUCCGCUCCGGUCAACAUAUCUCAAGUACAACCCCAACUUCAGCUUCGAGCAGCUUGAACAUUCAGUCAUGGACAUGAGCGCGUGGGGUACCGAUGACCCACGGUGGGUGCCGCCAGUGGACGCCAUGGCUUGCGUCCAAGGCAUCCACACGUGUCACUCGUGCGGCCGGGAGCAGUCCGAAGACCGCGAGGCAAACUCAUGCCACUGCUUCCCAACGCUAUUUGGAUCCGUGCGCCGGAGCCCCUGCCCGGUGCAGGUGUUCCGGACCUCUGACGGACGCAACAAUGGUCUGAUGGCUCUUUGUCCGUUUGAGCGCGGCGCGGCGAUCGGAGAAUUCGUGGGUCUCAUCACGACAGAUGUGCAAAACCUGGAUGUCAUGGAUAGUUCGACGGGCGUUCGGGCCUAUCAGAUCUGGCAGGGACGGCAGGGCAACUUCACGAGGUUCAUUAAUCACACUGCCAGCCCAACGCGCAGUUCCGUCAGUUCAUUUGGAUGA